AGGCUCGGCAAACUCAGGAUUAUAACCGAGAGAGAGACAUAGAGAAUUGGGUAGCAACAGCCCACUGAUAGUGUGAUGCUGUUAAAAAAAUAAUUAAUACAGUUUAACGAUUCGAUUAAAAGAAGCUCCAGGUAACCUCUCGGUGUUUUCAGGAGGCACAUUAACUCAAAAAUUAAGCAUGUCAACUCCGGCAAGAAGGCGACUUAUGAGGGAUUUUAAACGGCUACAAGAGGAUCCUCCAGCUGGUGUCAGUGGUGCCCCAUCUGAAAACAACAUCAUGGUGUGGAAUGCAGUCAUAUUUGGCCCUGAGGGAACACCUUUCGAGGAUGGUACAUUUAAACUCACUGUAGAGUUCACAGAAGAAUAUCCCAACAAACCUCCCACAGUACGAUUUGUGUCAAAAAUGUUCCAUCCAAAUGUCUAUGCAGAUGGCAGUAUAUGUUUGGACAUCUUACAGAAUCGUUGGAGUCCCACCUAUGAUGUGUCCUCUAUUCUUACAUCUAUCCAGUCCCUGCUUGAUGAACCAAACCCAAACAGUCCAGCAAACAGUCAGGCAGCUCAGCUCUACCAGGAGAACAAGCGGGAGUAUGAGAAGCGUGUGUCUGCCAUUGUAGAACAAAGCUGGAGAGACAGUUGACCAUACAGUGCUGAUGGCUGUUCUCUCCAGCAUUGAGCUGUGUGUGCUGCAAGUUUUAGUGGAGUACCUCUCAAUUUUUGGAACCCUCACACCUUUUUUGAUUUUAAGCUUUUAUGCACUUUACCUUCACGUUCCCUUCAUAGAAGCUGUCUUUUCUUGCCUGCCAGGAGCAUUGUUUUUUUGUAUUCUCUGCUUUUUUUUGGUCUAUCAGGGGAAAUGUGCUGAAUCUCGCCUUGGUUUUUGUCAAUAUGGACUGGCUGGGGCCAUCAGCCAACAAUGGUGGUGUGUGCUGUCUUGCUGUAAUAAAUCCACAUGACUGGUUACUUAAAAUAUUUUGGAGGAUGUAUCAAGAGGUCAUGAUGGGUCCCUUUUUCUAUUGUGCCCCUGAUCUGUCAUCAGUUUAUUUUUCCAAGCAGUGUCUCUGGGCUCCAAUAUGUGAUCACUCAUCUUUCCUUGGGUAAAAAAAUGCAGUCUGAGCAUCAUGGACUACAACUAAAUCUGACUGACAUCUUUACACCCUGUUUUUGCUGUGUUGUGAACUCUUGUUACAUGCAUGACAGAGAGCACUGACAUUGCUCUUCAGUACUCAUGUAUAUAAGAAUCUUGCAUCUGAAUUUAUGUACAGAUUUUGCACUGGUUAACCCCCCCAUGUCAUUUUUUCAGCACUUGUAAAUAAAAGAAAAAGACGUUCACUCUUCA